GCGGUCGUCGUGCGACAUCGCCGACGACAUCAGCGACAUCUCUGCACCCCGUACGUUUCCUGGGGGUUGACGAGCAGCUCUCCACCAGGCCGCCACGGCCGCCCUCGGGACCGACCCCUGCCCUGUGCGCCCUGCUACCUGCCUGUUCGCCCCGUGGACGACGCGGCGAUGGCCGACAGCGAGUUCGAGGAGUUCCGCCACUACUUCGAGCGGCUGCCCCAGCACCUGAAGGCGCCGCUCUCCAACUACACGCUCGUACACGAUGUGAUGAUCGAUGAUUCGCCAACAUCCUCGCAAGGAAGCGACGGGGAUGUCGGCAGAUCCUGCGACGGCGUGACCGGCGACUCCGAGGAUGAGGAAGUGGUCGUCAUCCAUCGACACGACAAUCAAAGUGGUCAUACCACUCCUGAUGAUAGCGAGGAGUUGGAUCAUCAUUGUUCGAUUAUUGCUGACAGCGACUUUAGGUUGGUAACAUCCUUGUUCGGUGGACUGAGCAGCAGGGGUCGAUCGGUUGGCGGCGGCGGACCAGGACCGGGCGGGGGUGGCAUUACCGGGUCAGGUAACGGCGGCCGAGACAGCGUCGUCAGCGACGUCGGCGACUCGUGUUCCAGUUUGAGCUCCUGGCCUACGCCGGAGCACGUACCCACGAAUCGACCCGGAAGCGGCACCGAGCGUCGGCGUCGAAGAUUACCGGAAAUUCCUAAAAAUAAAAAGUCUUUGCCCAUGUGCCAGACGUCCAUGCAGACGUCGUCCUCGUUGGCAGAUGAGUUGAGUGCCGCCACCGGCUCGUCUUCGACCCGGCCUCACCUUGUUCUGAGGAAGUGUCAUCCCAGACUUCGCCAUGAGGACAGUUCGCCCGACAGCGAGAGAAUGGCCACUGAUAGUGGUCAUUCCACUGCUCACUCCCCUGAGAACGGCCCCAAGAGUGUGUCGCCCAUACCUUGCAAUACCCUGCAGAACACGGAUUCGGCAUCGCCCAGCAGCACCCCAGGAAGCGGAGGCGUGCCGUUUACCCAACUGGAACUGCUUGAGGCGACGCAUCGAGGCUUGCACAAGUUCAUACCGCGGCACCAUGACGAAAUUGAUCUUGAAAUUGGAGACCCCAUAUACGUGCAGAAAGAGGCCGACGACCUGUGGUGCGAAGGUGUCAAUCUGAGGACAGGCCGACAGGGCAUCUUUCCGUCUGCGUACGCGGUCGAUAUGGACUACAGUGACUUUGAUCCUACCGCGCCUAAGGUGAAGAGAGAGAGAUACCUUCUGGGUUACUUGGGCUCGGUGGAGACUCUGGUGUAUAAGGGUACAGGAGUGGUUUGCCAAGCGGUACGGAGGAUUCUUCGCAACUCCUCGCAGGAACCUCCCAUAUCGCAGAGUUGUAUCCUGGAGGUGUCCGAUCAAGGCCUUCGGAUGGUCGAUAGAAGUAAGCCGCGGAAAAGUCAGGGUCCCUGUCACGACUAUUUCUAUUCGCUGAAGAAUGUAUCGUUCUGCGCGUUUCACCCUCGCGAUCAUCGCUACCUCGGCUUCAUCACGAAGCACCCCACUCUGCAAAGAUUCGCUUGCCACGUGUUCAUCGGUCAGGAAUCCACGAGACCUGUCGCCGAAGCCGUCGGACGCGCUUUUCAUCGGUUCUACACGAAAUUCAUCGAGACUGCUUUCCCGAUAGAGGACAUCUACAUUGAAUAAAUUGCUCUCGGCCUGACGUAUAGUGGCUGCGGAGAAAAUGAUAAAAUCUCACUUCCCCAUCCUUCCCCUGUACAUAUAUAUUGCCCGCUAGUUGUAGAUAUAAAAUAAUAAACGCGAAUCAAACACCCAAUUUAUACAUAUAUUGAACAUAUGUAUAUCUAUGUGUACUGGGCGUUUUCUCGGGAUAAGCGUCACGACGGGACCGAUUCUCCGUUAACAUUUCGUUCUCUCGUAACUUUCCUUCCGUUCGUCGCUCAUCGCCAAUUUUGUCCCGACUCAUGCGUGCAAUCCAGUACGAUUCUAUGCGAUUUUUACGUAUUCACCGAAGCGAAAUGAGAGGGAAUUAUAGCAAAAUCAUCUUGGGUUCUCGUUUUGAAUAUCGCAAAAAUGGCUGAAGCCAUUUUUUACAUUGAAUUCAAGUUUGUUUUAGCUUCUUUUGCGCGUCACAUAUGAUUUCGAAGUUCCUUUAACGUCUGGAUAGAACGUAAUAGUCGUGCACGAAGAGUUCGUUAAAGACCCCUAAUAAGCAGAUUUAAUAAUCGAUAGCGAGAACGAGUUAAUCCCUAAAACCCCGACUAAGAUAAUCCACUUAGUGACGUAUAGAAAAAAGAAGGAACGACAAUAGCGUUGGAUCAUCGGAGUUUAGCGAAAAAAAGAAGUCAUAGCAGAGGUUGAAUAAUUGUUUUCUUUCUAAGUGGCGCUUAACUUUCAGCUGUUGCGCAACUAUGAGAUUUCUCCAGUCUAGAACGACAAAAGUCUUGGUUUGAUUGUGUGUAAAUAUAGGUGCAACGUUUGAUGGCAAAGUCUAAAAUUCAUUUGUUCAUUUGAUAUAGCUCGAAAGCUUUACCUGAGUAUUUCAGGAAAGUUAAUGCAAUUAACAAGAGAAUAUUCUAAUUUAAGGCGAUAUAUUGACAUUAAAAGAUAGUAGAAGUUGACAUCAAUUGCACGGAGAGAGUAUAUUAUAGUUUUUUUAUAUAAGUUCUUUCCAAUUUUAUUAUGUUCCCAGUAGUGUAGGGAUAGAGUCAGUCAUCUUGCUAAGGAACGUAGCAAAUUUCUUUAGAAACAUAAUUUUCUUAACAGCACACUUUACUUCUUGAAGUAUAAAUACCACAUGUGAAAUGAAAAGAUAAUAAAUUAUUGCAGAAUAUCGAUCCAUUUCUCAGUUGCAAAAUUCUAUAUGCAUAAGCAAUAAACAUUCUUGUUUCGAAAAUAUCUAAUUUUAUUAAAUAAUUUUUAUUUUUGUUUUUUAAAUGCGAUUAUGUAAACAAAUUUUUUUAUAUCAUGUGAUUAUAUAAAACAAAAAAAAAAGUUAUCUGCAUCAAUAUAUUUUAUAUAAUUCAACGGAAAAAAAUCUUAUUAUUAAAAAAUAAUUUUUUACAUGAAUGAAAAGCACAAAGUAUUAGAUUGAGAAUAUGAUGUUUUUAUAAAUGUUGGAAGAAGAUGUUAUAUAUAUUGUCAAAAUAAUCAUAUUGUACU